UCGGGGGAGAGCCACGUUUUGGCGCCCUUGUCCGGAAGCCUCCAUUGCCGGCGGUCAGUCUCCUUACCUUUCCGUCCGUGUUCCAGUCAGAGACCAGAGAAGGGGGUACUUCAGCAGUCCGGAGUCCAGUGAGGUGGGAGCUAGCCAGCCCUCUGUCCAGCUAGGCCACCUUCAGAAGCCGCUGUACUCUAGAGGUGUUCCAGGCCCAAACCUGCCGAUCGACGAUGGCCCUUUCCAAGCACCAGAAGAAGUCAGGUAGGGACUUACCAGAACUUCAAGAAGAGGAGCCCGUGCUGACCUUCCACGGCCCGAGAAUGCGCAAGGGACAGGGUAUCAGCAUGGUUUUCGAGGACAUGCAAGUGAAAUACCUGGUACGUUACCGAAGCGGGACCGGGGUCAGUCCAGGGGUCGUGACCUGCUUGCCCUAUUCCCAGCCCCAGUAUCCCGCCCUCUCUCGUGCCUGGGCCCAGGAGCCUGAGACCGUACCCAGUGGCUCCAAGGCCAAGGCCAGUACUAGCCGAGCAGGCCCGAGUACCAGCAAGGGGGGUCCCAGCACCGCCAAAGGGGGUCCCAGCACCAGCAAAGCGGCUCCCAGCACCAGCAAAAGGGGUCCCAGCACCGCCAAAGGGGGUCCCAGCACCAGCAAAGCGGCUCCCAGCACCAGCAAAAGGGGUCCCAGCACCGCCAAAGGGGGUCCCAGCACCAGCAAAGCGGCUCCCAGCACCAGCAAAAGGGGUCCCAGCACCGCCAAAGGGGGUCCCAGCACCAGCAAAGCGGCUCCCAGCACCAGCAAAAGGGGUCCCAGCACCGCCACAGCGGCUCCCAGCACCGGCACAGCGGCUCCCAGCACCGCCACAGCGGCUCCCAGGACCGCCGUAGUGGCUCCCAGCAUCGCCGUAGUGGCUCCCAGCACCGCCGUAGUGGCUCCCAGCAUCACCAAAGUGUUUCCCAGAACCUGCCGCUUUAGCACUAGACAAUCAUUUCCGCGUCCCAACAGCUCUAGUACCGGCAGAGGUGGCCAGAGGGCCGGUGGCGCCAUACUUCCGGGAGCCUCUGGUAGGAAUAGCAGUAGCAGUGGGGCUGUUUCCCAGGGAGCCGGUGGAGCCAGCGCCAGUGGCCCACAAUCUGAGUCCAAAGUUGAUGAGGAAGAAUUUUCCGGUCCCGCGGUCUGUGGCUGGGAGUAUGAGUGGCUCCCUGAGACUCGGGUUCUCCGCUACUCAACUGCCCAGUUGAAGUAUGAUAGUGAUACCGCUAUCCACAUUGCCUGCAGGAAGGAACGCAGACGAAUUCACUUCCCUGGUACCCGCUUCUUCACCCAUAGUGGUAGCACCAACUUCGUCCAUGGUGGGAGGCGCCCCUUCAGCUACGGUGGUGGUGAUGUGGAUGACUUCGGUGAUCCAGGCGAAGGUACUUCGUGUGCAUUGCUGCAGCCACCUCCCAAGCGAAGCCGUGAAAAGGAUCGAGCUCAAGGGCGCGCGGGUGGAAGCCGGGGUGACGCUGGGGAUCCCAGACAGGUUUCCUCAGAAAAAUCUGAAAUUCGCAUCAACCUGCCCAAGCCUCUGAAGCCUCUGCUUAUGCAAGAUUGGGAGAUGGUGACCUUCGAGAGAAAGCUCUGCAACCUGCCGGCCAAGAUAAGCGUCGAAGCCAUCCUGGCUGAAUAUGUCACCUUCCCUCAAAAUUGCCGCACCCGUGACAAAAGGUAUGCUGUCUCUGGCCUGGUAUCCAUGCUCAAGGAAUACUUCAAUGUGCUUCUGACCACCCAGCUGCUCUACGAUUUUGAGAGGCCCCAGUAUGCUGAAUUGGUGAUCAGUUAUCCUUCUUCCCAGAUGUGUCAGCUCUAUGGGGGUGUUCACCUUUUGCGCCUCUUCCAGCAGUUGGGCCCCAUGCUCACCUGCACUCCUCUGGAUGAAAGCAGCCUCAAAGUGUUAAUGAGCCAUUUGCAAGAUUUCCUGGAUUAUCUGGCCAACGAUCCUUCUCUGCUGUUUGUUCAGGCCAGCGACUACGAGGUGGCCUCUGAAGAGUAUCUGAAAGCAGUCGAGUAAGGCCAUGGAGGUUUUGGCUCCUGCCAGAUGAGCAUUUCUCGGAGCCUCUCCAUUGGGUAUGUCAGCCCAUAGCUGGCCAAAAUGAUCCUCAAUACUAUUUGCAUUGUUUCGGGUGGUUGUUUGUUCCUUUGAAGUUGCUGUUAACUAUUUCCACGGAGGAAGCCUCUUCUCUCCUUAUGGGACAGUAAUUAGUGUUGGCAGUGAUGGACAUAGAGACUGGGAUGCCAAGGAGGAAGGUUGCCUGCCUGCAUAGAUGACCACAAGACAUGGUGUGCCUUGCAUUCUGCCGCUUCCAUCUCAGCACUUAGGACUUGUGUUAAUGCUCAGUGACAAAGACUGUGAUUGAAGAUUGUUGAAGAUUGUUGAAGAUUGAUUGAAGAUUGAAGACAUUGCUACUUUAAUUGAAUGUGAGCGUAUUGGGUUAUCUGGCACAUGGAGCUGGUUACCUGCCCCUUUUUGCAAUGUGAUUUUGAUGGUCUUCCACAUGCUUUAUCUCUAUGUCCCAAUGACUAAACUGUUCUGAUUUUGUCAUGUUGAUUCCAAUGUAUAAUUAGGUCAGAGGAAAAAAAUACUCAACUGUAUUGAUAGAUGUCUAGAAAAAUUCCUCUUUCAGAGAUUUAAAAAAAUGUCAAAAAUGUAUUGAUUUUGCUGCUCAGAAAGGCAUCCUUUUUUUUUCCUGAGCCAACUCAGGGUCUAGACUAGAUUUGAACUCAGGUCCUCCUGACUUCAGAGCUGGUGCUCUUUCCACAGGGCUACCUAGCUGCCUCCCAUACUUAUUUUUUUAUGGUUCUUUUAAAUCUCAGCACUUAAGAUCUGUGUUAAUGCUGAGUGACCAGAGCCCUUGAUUGAUGAAUUUUGGUGGCAAAAAAGACUACUUUAACUGGGUGAGGAUUUAGUAGGCUAUCUGGUAUCACAAGUCUUUCAAAAGUGUCCAGAAAUGUACUGAUUUUGAUGCCCCCUAAAAAAUAGGCAGAUUGCAUGCUUUUAAAUCUCAAUACUUAGGAUCUAUGUUGAUGCACAAUGACCAAAGACCUUGCUUAGAGAUUGUUAGUGGCAAAGACAUUGCCACUUUAACCAGGGGAGGAUGAAUUGGAUUAUCCACAUCCUUUUAUCUCUAUGUUCUACUGACUGAACUAUUUUGAUGUUUGCUAUAUGGAUUCCAAUAUACAUUUGGUUGAUAGGGAAAAAAAUCUAUUUUGUCUGUUUUGACAGAUGGCUAGGAAAAUUCUUCUUUCAAAGGUUUUUUAAGGUGUCAAAAUGUAUUGAUUUUAUUGCCCUUAAAAAGAGAGAGAUAUAUGUAUAUAUGUAUUUGGUUCCGUGCUUUUAGAUCUCAUCACUUAGGACCUGUGCUAAUGCUCAGAGACUAAAGACCUUGAUCCAUGAUUGCUGGUACCAAAGACUUUUCCCAGUUUAAUUGGGUAAGGAUCUUUUAGGUUACCUGGUAUCAGGGCUUUGAAAAAUGUCAAAAAAUGUUUUGAUUUUGCUGCCUCUAAAGAUAUCUACAUAUUUUUAUGGUUCUGUGCUAAUGCUCAGAGACUAAAGACCUUGAUCCAUGAUUGCUGGUACCAAAGACUUUUCCCAGUUUAAUUGGGUAAGGAUCUUUUAGGUUACCUGGUAUCAGGGCUUUGAAAAAUGUCAAAAAAUGUUUUGAUUUUGCUGCCUCUAAAGAUAUCUACAUAUUUUUAUGGUUCUGUGCUAAUGCUCAGAGACUAAAGACCUUGAUCCAUGAUUGCUGGUACCAAAGACUUUUCCCAGUUUAAUUGGGUAAGGAUCUUUUAGGUUACCUGGUAUCAGGGCUUUGAAAAUUGUCA